AUGUCCACACUUCAUGGAAUGGAUCCAGCACUGUUUUGCAGCACUCAAGCCUUCACUGGAAGUCUGGAUCUACUGGCAUGGUAUCAAAGUUAUCGCCUGGGUGCUUUUAUCCUCAAAAAGGCUAUAAUCGAGGCGCAUCCCAGAAGACAUCACGAUGAGGAAUCUACCCUAUUUAACUGUCUCGAAACCCUAGUUAUGAUCGGGGACCCGAUUUUGAAAGAUGCCAACCGCGAGCAAUGGCCAACCUUCGUCCAUAAGUUCCUCCUACUUUCUUCCAAUCAAGCUCCACUAACGAUAUGCAGCCAGCAAGCCUUGUGUUGCCUCAAAGCCAUCUCCGAUCGGUUCGAAGAUAUAAACUUCCAUUCGCGUCUAUUCCACAUCUCGUCUGCCACGGUCAAGACCAAAUCGUUCUUCCGCCUGCGGACUCGCACGGGGACCCGCUACGAAGGCUGCGUGUGUGAUGCAAGUGUCACCGUGCGAAAGUGGACGACAGCCGAUCUGGACGAGAAUCUGUCCGAGGAUGAGGGGGAGCAGAAGCGGUGUGUUUUUCAUCAUCAGAGUCGGUAUCGUCGGAAGCUCGACAUGAUCGCUGCGAAUGAGUGGGAGCCUCGGCCCAAGAUCAGGGAUGGUGAUGCUGGGGAGAACGAUGGCAAAGCUGGGGAUAUGUCUUCCUCCCGGGAGAAUGCGCACGUCUUCCCCGUCACCUCAAUGCAGGAGCGCUUGGCCAUCGAAAAUGCAAAUACUGGUGCUCAUACAGAGGGAAUGCAUGUGUACCCUCCCCUUGACAACACUGAAAGGAUCACACACGCGGUGCCCUAUCCAUCGACUGCUGAAUGCGACACGCACCAGCCCGCUGAACCCUCACCUACAAACACAUUGCAGUCGGCGAUCCUCAUCAGAAAGCCAGCGGAUCUAUCCACAGAUGAAACGGGCGAGGAAGUAAAUAUUUAUCGCGCAGCACCGGCAACAUCAUGUGCCCAGGUCAGAUACAGUCAUACUCCUAGCGAAAAGAGAGGCACAAUGACUCCCAAUUGCACAGAUAUCGAUCUAGACCCUCCCAAUGCCGCCAAUAAUGCCAGAAAUGAAGAUCACAGCAACCACAACGGUGAUAAUGGUGUUCCGAGUGAGAUGCCCGUGGCAAGUUCCGGUCGGCCUCUACCAUCGCAGAUUCGAUUGCCAGACCGAACUCCCAAUUUCUGCGGGCGGCACGGUAUUCUGGGAUCUCUGCGAGCAUAUUUCCAGGAUCAAGCAGAAACAACACCGCCACUGGCGAUGCUUGCCAGACCGAGGGCAGCCAUUCUGACUGGUAUGCCGGGCAUUGGCAAGACGGCUAUUGCCCGUGAGUACGUUCACCACCAUGGCCGGCAUUUCAGUUCAAUUAUGUGGGUACAGGCUAGCCAUCGACAGAGUAUUGCGCAGUCCUUCCAUGAGAUCGCGUACGCUCUAGAACUGUUAGAAAGCCACAAGAUACACAGCCACUUGCAAAGUCAUGCGAGGCUCACGUCAUGGUUGCAAGAGAACAAGUCGGAAUGGCUGCUGAUCUUCGAUGAUGCCGACAAUCUGGAAGCCCUACGGGCGUAUAUACCACGCUGUGAUCAUGGAAACAUUCUCGUGACGAGUCGGUCCCCAGAUGUCGAACUUCUUCCGGGCAAUUCUCUAGUGGAAUUUUGGGUGAGCCCACUCAGUGAAGAGGAAGGGAGCGAAUUGGUCCAUACCAUCACAGGCCUCCCUCGGGAACAAGUCCAGGAUCUCGAUCUCGUGCGUUUACUUGGGGGCAACCCGCUUGCAGUGAGUAUUGUUGGCAAAGCACUACAGAACGAAUCUCAAUUCCACUCCAGCCGACAUAAUGACCUCGAGGGCGACGUUAUGAAUAGUCUGAGUGGGCAUCCUGGGCUGAUGCGCCUACGCAAACAAUAUCGGCUCCACUCUACGUCAACCACGCUGCUGACGGCCUGUCUGAAUAUCGAUCAACUCUCCCCUGAAGCGAAAAGCUUGUGCAGUGUGAUCUCCUACCUUGAUCCCUAUGACACAUCCGAGUCGACCCUGCUUCAGGCGCAGCGAUGCUGCCCACUUAUCCGAGGCUUUCCUAUCACAGAUGAGAGCUUCCACCGGGCCCGAAUCGAGUCCCUGAAAAGUGGACUUUGCUCGCCCGCGAGCUGCCGUUCAUCCUUACAAAUGCACCGAGUGGUGCAAUCUACCUUGCGACAGUAUCUGACCAGUACCCAGGAGCAGGUGCAUGCAUUUACCACGGCGGUGCAACUGCUGCUUGCACAGUGGCCCUCCAAGCGGAAGUUCAAAAAUGUUGUGUUUGGCUACUGGCCCGAGUUCUCGCGCAUCCACACCCAAUGCCACCGCCUGUCGGAGGUUGCCUCUGCAACCCUAACAAGCCCGGAGCACUAUACGCCCUUAAUCAAGCUCAUCCUCUUAUGUGCUUGGUAUAACUCUCAUGUCUUGAAAAAUGCCGAAGAGGAUCUGGACUUGGUCGCAUUGGCCCACAAUUUACUGGCCACCCUGCACACUGAGAAAGGGCUGCCUUCCGCGACGGCCUUGGAUAAUGAUACCCAGCGACCGCAACGACUCGUGCUUAUCGACGAUCACACCGCUGGCUGGAAGGUGAUUGAUACCCCAAGUAAGCCCGCCUCCUACGUUGCCCUGAGCUACAGCUGGACCGACCAGAACGACAACCACCAACCCAUGCCGGUGACGCUCACCAGAUCCACAUUUGGAAUCUGUAGCAAUGGGGGCCGUGUGGCUGACCUCCCACUUCUCUACCGCGAUGCGUGCGAUAUUGCGACGUCGCUCGGUUUUCGCUAUCUUUGGAUCGAUGGCCUCUGUGUCAUUCAAGAUGACCCUGUCGAUCGCGAGGUCGAGCUGUCGAAGAUCGCCGGGAUCUACCGUAAUGCCUCGGCCACGAUCACGCGCCAAUACAUCCCAGCGGGACCGCCCAUAAAGCUCCCCGGUGUUUCUGGUUGUGAUCAGAUGCUGAUCGAGCCUUACUCAGUUUUAUGUCACCGCUGUGCUUCGUCCCGCGGAAAAGGAACGAAGGUUCCUGGCGUUGCCGUGGUCCAUCCAAAGGUGCCAGACUUCUUGAAAGGGUAUACCUCGGGGCUGAUGGGGCUGGAAUCGGAGACCGGGGCAUUCAAGGUCGAGAUCAUCUGGCUGCCAGAUGUGGUAGUAGACGAGCAGCAGUCCAAGAGCAAAGAAAAGGCUGAUAAUCGUGAUGAUAUGGAUGAUAUGGAUGAUAUGGGUGAUGUGGAUGCUGGUGGGUUAGAGAACUCGCAGGCUUCGGGUUCAUCUGGACCCGGCUGGGUGGGGAUGAAUUGCACGGCGCCACAGAGAGCAAUGCCGUCAACAGGGAAGCAGCAAUGCUCGGCCAUUGGAGGCCUGGAGCCAUUGGCCAUCGACAUGGUCAAUCCUAGCACCCAUCCCAGAGAGACAGUGCUGGAUGCGAAGCCCGUCGAGCUGCAAUAUCACCCAAAUGAGCCCAGUCUGCAAGAGGGCGACGACAUCCAUGCCCUGACAUCGGACUCCGUCGAGGGGCAGCAGCUCAUCGCUACCGCAACAGAGAUAGUGGAGAAUGGGCUUUGCGUGUACCAGGGACAGAAGACAGAAAAUUCCUUCCGCGCGCUCGCCGCGAUUGUUCGAGCGCGGGAUCAAGUCGGUGCAUUUUGUGAGAGAUCAUCCAAGGCCCUUGCCAGCUACAUUGUGUUCAGCACAUAUCUCGCCCGGAUCCUGAUCCAGCAGGGCUGUGCCCAGGAGGCUGUCGAUCUGCUUUCCGACUUAGCGGCAAAGUCCGACGACAUCGAAACGAGGACAGAGUCUAAAGCGGAUGUUUGCAGUGACGCCCUCCGCGAGACAAUCACCCACUUCGAAGCCUGCGAAUCCAAGGACGGACAGUUUCAGUACGCUCGGGCGCUGCAUCGACAGUCGCUGGUCUAUGGUUUUCAGGGGAAUGAACGCCUCCGCAAGGUCAAGUUGGCGGCGGCCAAGCAGGCAUUGGAGAAUGUGUUGGAGGAUGACAAUGAUAAUCUCGCCUUGUUCUCCGUGCAAGGUGAUGUUAAGGCGGAGGUGUUUGACCGAUUUCUUCAUCUGGGGAUGAGAUGA